UUCUCACCCACCACCCACUCUUGGCGAGUGUCAGAAUUUUCCUUCCUACAUUUUCUCCACCCUUCCUGACGUUUUCGUUCUCAUAACAAUUGGAAGAAAAUCGAUUCCAAAUAGUGCUAUAUUAGUGGAGUGAUUUGACUUAAAAUGGGGAAAUCGCAACCCACCGAGGAGAAGUACGAUCUGGCCAAGUGUCAGGUGUACGACGAGAAAAAUUCCUUUGCCUUUUGGAUCGUGAUUGUGUUGCUAUUUUCGUUGGCCUUGGGCAAUUUGUGUCUGACGCUGACCAUCACCGGGAUACUGAAAAUCUACAAGGGUAUGGACAACAUCGAGCUGAUCCAGGGCGAGGAUGUAGUGAAAUUUUUCGGGAACAUCGACUUCGAUCGGCUGUACAAGGUCGAUGGACGGCUCGAAGGGUUUCACGAGGAACCGGUGGAAAUUACGGGUGAGGAUGAGGAUGUUUUAUUAUUUUCAUUUUGUUUCAUAUAAUAUUUUCAAU